AUGAGAAAUAAGAUAGACACAAUUCAGGACAGUGAAGGCAAUUGGAUCUCUGACUAUGAAGAAUUGAAGACCUGCUUUACAGAACAUUUCACUAAGAUGUCAACAAAAGAAACACCUACCAUAAACUCUGAAAUAAUCAAUCUCAUACCUACUACAAUCACUAAUACUGACAAUACCAAUCUAAAUAGACCACCUGAUUCCAGUGAAAUCAAAGUUAUACUCUUUAGUAUGGCAAAAGACAAAGCACCAGGGCCAGAUGGUUUUCCACCAAACUUCUUUCAAGCCAAUUGGGACAUUGUUGGAGAUGACAUAAUCUCUGAUAAUAUUGUUAUAGCACAUGAGCUCAUCCAUUCAAUGAGAUCAAAAAGAGGAGUCAAAGUUGAAAAGGGAAGCAUGGAAAUAAAAAUUGAUAUGGAAAAAGCUUUUGACAUAGUAGACUGGAACUUCCUCGAUAUCAUUAUGUCAAAGAUGGGAUUUAAUACUUCUUGGUGCCAAAACAUAAUGCAAUGCAUAUCUACCACCACCUCAGUUGUUCUGAUCAAUGGUUCCCCUCACUACUUCUUCACUCCUUCUAGAAUCCUUAGACAAGGAGACCCUCUAUCUCCUUAUUUGUUCCUGCUAUGCAUGGAAGCUCUCUCAAGAACCCUUAUUGAUGCUGAAGAUAUUGGCAUAAUCACUGGCAUAAAUAUAUGA